AUGGCGACGAGUACCAGGCGACCCCACUUUAGCUGCGACGGAUGCAAGAAUGACAAACCGAGCAGGGAGCACCCAGAAAACUCGAGCUCUCCCCUCCCCGCCGGGGAAGUUCUCGUUAAGGUAGAGGCUUGCGGUGUCUGCUUUUCCGAUACUCACGCCCAGGCGAACGGUGUUGGCGGAAAAUUCCCGGGCGUUCCCGGCCACGAGAUUAUUGGCCGAGUAGUCGCUGUGGGCGAUGGAGUUUCCCGCUGGAAAGUUGGCGAUCGCAUUGGCGGCGGGUGGCACGGCGGUGAGGAUGGUACUUGCUUGCAAUGUCGCAAAGGCGCCUUCCAAACUUGCUCCAACGAGCAGAUCAACGGCAUUACCAAGUCCGGAGGCUAUGCUGAAUAUUGCAGUCUUCGGGCUGAGGCUGGCGUGCCCAUCCCAGAGGAUGUGAACGCAGCAGAGUAUGCCCCGAUCUUGUGCGCCGGAGUCACCGUCUUCAACUCCAUGCGCCAAAUGAACGUUCGGCCCGGCUCCCUCGUGGCCGUCCAAGGUCUCGGUGGCUUGGGCCAUCUCGCGAUCCAGUAUGCGAACAAGUUUGGCUUCCGAGUGGUUGCCAUUUCGCGGGGUGCCGACAAGGAGAAGCCGGUGCGGGAACUGGGGGCGCACCAUUUCAUCGAUUCCAGCUCGCAAGACCCCGUAGCUGAAUUGCAGAAGAUGGGCGGCGCGACCAUGAUCGUCUCCACAGCACCCCAUGCCGCGGCGAUCGCGCCAUUGUUAAAUGGCUUGGAUGUGUUCGGCAAGUUGCUUAUCGUGGCUCUGCCUUCUGAUGAAGUUCCGAUAAACAUGUGGCCUAUGACUACCCGAGGUCUCUCCGUUCACGGAUGGCCAAGUGGCCACGCGCUCGACUCUGAACAAGCCAUCGCGUUCACCCGAUUGCAAGGUAUCAAAUGUCAAGUGCAGACUUUCCCGUUGGAUAAGGCAAAUGAGGCAUGGGAUGCCAUGGUGAAUGGAACGGUUCGAUUCCGAGCAGUAAUUACUAUGGAUUAA